ACAGUCUCUCUUCCAUAUUUCGCUUUUAUUUCAUUUUCUGGGGAUUUUUUUUUUGCUUUUUUUUUCCCCCUCCGCAAUCUUUCUAUUUAUAUCAGUUAAUAUUCCUAUAACUGUGUAUAUUUUACUUUCUGAUACAAUGAACUGUUUGUACACCCCAGAAAUCACACCUACAUCUCCGCGUAAAGUGAAGGGUCAGAUUCAGAUCAUCUUCGGACCGAUGUUCUCAGGGAAAAGCACAGAACUAAUGCGCCGGGUGAGAAGGUUUCAGAUUGCUCAGUACCAAUGUCUCGUGGUAAAGUAUGCAAAGGAUAUUCGAUAUAGUAAAGAGGAUCUGGCUACACAUGACAAGUUUACAAUGCAAGCAGUUCCUGCCACAAAGCUGAGCGAGAUUACUCAAGAAGCGUUGAAAUCUGCAGUUAUUGGAAUUGAUGAAGGACAGUUUUUUCCAGACUGUGUCGAAUUUGCUGAGGAAAUGGCUAACAAGGGAAAAACUGUGAUUGUGGCAGCAUUGGAUGGAACUUUCCAAAGGAAAGCUUUUGGCAACAUUCUGAAUCUCGUCCCCCUGGCGGAAAGUGUAGUAAAACUGAGCGCUGUAUGCAUGGAGUGCUACAGGGAAGCUGCUUAUACCAAGAGACUGGGGAGUGAAAAAGAGGUUGAAGUGAUUGGUGGAACAGACAUGUACCGAGCAACCUGUCGGCGCUGCUAUUUUGAAAAUGACAAUGGGGCAUGUGUGGACAGUGACAAGGAGAACAGCAGGCAAGAGGAUACACGCCAGUUCAUUGCUUCAAAGCAACUUGCUUGUAGGGAACAGGGCAAAUCACCAAGAAAACUCUUUGAAAAUCUGCAGGUCUGAAGUUAACGCUCCAUUCCCCGACGUGCCUCACCUCUUGCAAAUUUUCUCUCCUGCUUCUCUAAGCUGUUGACCAACGUUGGGUGUAAUCUCCAGUGUUUUGUCCUCAUGCAAUUCUGGGCAACUCAUUAAGCUGGUCGGACAUGUUACAGUCAAGGCUAGUCCAUUCUUUCUUCUACGCUUGUACUUUCAGUUGGAGAUAGAGGGGUUUUCAUAAUGCUGUUGGGUCUACUAACAGUAGCACUUUUCUCUCAUUUGCAAAUUGAAAUUUGCUGCACUAUUUCAAAUAAUGCAAAAAGCCCUGUUGGAACUUCUGUUGCAUUUUGACUGUGGCAGAGGGACUGGUUCAGUACUCUUGAACCUAGCAUGUUUUUCAUAUGAGCCAACAACCAAACUGAAUUAACCUUUCAUCUCCUGUCCAAUGCAAACAUGCCUUCUAGCAAUCACAAAAGUGAACAGAAUCCAUGAAAAAACAUCCACCUCUAUCCCCUCCCAAAGAUGUUGUACCUAAUGUACUUCAUUAUUUUAAAAAAUAAAUAUCAGAGCAUACAUUUUUAAAUAACUUUUUCUAAUUGAGUGCCAUGCCUUAAUCAAAGGACCACACAGGAGCUUUUCAGCAUAGUUCAAUACCCACAAUCCUCAAUUACUGGCCCUGAAACAGUAACUGAAAACUUGUCAGUCCCUGAUGUGUUCUUUAAUUGGUAUUUCAAUGCAGGUUACUGUGACAACUCAUUUUGUUGCAAAUAAUUAACUUUGCAGCUAGCUAAACGUGGAUACUGUUAUCAUUAACACUGGAAUAGAACAGAGAGAGAGAAGGAAAAAUGAACCUUGUUUAUUAUUAGUCACUAUUUAUUUUUAAACAGAGUAAUUGAUACUGGAACUAACUUAAACAAAAAAACCCAUUAAUUUAAAAUCAAUUGAUCAAUCUCAACUGCCAUUAGAAUGGAUGGUGAUAUUUUGGUGAUCAGAGUGCUCAAAUACAUCAAUUCAUCUUAAAUCCAAGGGCUGUCGUCUACUUUACAAUGGUUUAUUUUAAAUAAUGUAAAAUAAAUGGAAACCAAAGUGAAUGAUG